AUGUCACUAAAUCUUACAUCGGAAGAGAGAGAUCAACUGACAACAUCGCCUUUCAAGGAACUUUUUGCAGAAUUCUACUCGAAAGAGUCAAUGGAUACAGCCAUGACAAUAUUCCGGAAGUUCGAAGGUGGCAAAUUUGAAGAAAAAGCUAUUCGUUUGGAGAAGAUUCUUUCAGACCUGAGUGAUCUAUCGAGAGCGGAUUCACUUUCGGAAGAAUGUGGUGAGCGGAGUUGUCAACUUUCUAAUCAAAUGUAA